AUGUCUUCUGCCGCCUCGUCCUCCUCCGCCUCCGAUGACACGGAGGCUUCCUCCGGAGCCGGAGCCGGAGCGACCAAGGCGGCGGCGGCAGCGGCGGCGCUGCUGCUUUGGGAGCGCGCCUGGUCCCUCGAAGAGAUUCGCUCCAGGAGCCAGUCGUGGUCCCUGGCGGCCGACGCGGGGCUUUUGCAGUUUCUGCAAGAAUUCUCCCAGCAAACAAUCUCCAGGACCCAUGAAAUAAAGAAGCAGAUGGACAGACUGAUUCACGAAACUAAAAGUAUAGAUUGCCGCCUACAUAAUGUCUUCAAUGGUUUCCUCAUGCUUUCAAAUAUGCAGUUCAUUGAAAACAGAGUUUAUGAUGAUGAAAUGGAUGAACUCAUAUCCAAAACUGAAGGAGGAGACAAAUUAGAACAGGAGAAAACCCGUGAACAGAAAGAAGCUGAUUUGAUUCCCAAGAUUCAGGAAGCCAUCAAUUUUGGGCUGCAGGUAUUAGACAGUGCCUUUGAACAACUGGACAUCAAAGCAGGGAACUCAGACUCUGAAGAAGAAACCAAUGAAAGGCUGGAACUAAUACUGGAGCCUAAGGAUCUUUAUGUUGAUCGACCUUUGCCAUACUUAAUUGGCUCCCAGCUGUUUAUGGAACAAGAUGAUGUUGGGCUUGGUGAUCCUUCCACUGAAGGUUCAGUGGAUGGUGACCAUGGAAGCCUAAUAGACAGUGAAGGAAAAGAAGAAGAGGAACUGGAAGAAUUUGGGACUAUAAGUGAUGAAGAUCAGAAACAGAGAACAGUACUAAUGAGUGAUGAAGAUGAAGAUCUCUUUGGUGACUAUGAAAAAGAGGAAGAGGGUGACCUAGAAGAAAAUACAACAUUGAAAAGACCCACAUCGUUUACUGAUGAGCUUGCAGCCCGAAUCAAAAGGGAAGAGCUAAGUAAAGAACAGAAAGAACAAUUAUAUACGAAAAAUAAGACUACAGUCCCUAUUAAGGAAGAUGUUAAUGUUCACUCAGAUGAUGAGGAUAUCUUUAAACCUCCCAAGCUGACAGAUGAAGAUUUCUCACCGUUUGGUUCUAAAGCUGGACUCUUCAGUGGUGGGACAGGACUCUUCGAUGAUGAGAAGGAUCUUUUUGCUGAAUUGCCAAAAGAGGAAGAUUCAAAGGAAAAAGAAACACGAAUACCAAUAAAUGAUGAACCUUCAUUAAAAGCAGUAAAGAAAGUUCCUCCUGGAGCAGUUUCUCUCUUUCCAGGUAUAAAUGAUGUAUUUAGUCCUUCAGUUCUACUGGAGAAAGAGAAUAAAAAGUUGACAGAAUCAAUCACAGAUAAAUCUCCCAAGCAAUAUGAAGCUCCUGGUCUAUUUGAGGAAGAUAACAAUUUUGAAUCCAGUAAGAGUAGUAGUGUUGUAG